AAAAGAAGCUGUAAAAUCACAAGGAGCAGCUAUUGCUGGAGGAGUUAGUGGUAGCGUCGUAGUCAUUAUUGGCGUUCUCGUUGCGUUAUUCUUCUUUCGACGAAGCAAAAACAAGCGAAACGGUGAUACAACGUUCCAGGCUUACACAACUAAUGAAGAGAACAAAGAACCGAACGAACGAACAUACUAUAAUGAAGGACAGCUCAAGAGAGAAUCUACAAAUUCAAAUCCAGCAGGUACUAGAUCGCCAGCAAACAAACCCACUUCUCAAGAGCUACACACAUCGGCGUAUAUGGUAACCGCAUCUGAAAACGAGAUUGACUUAGAAAUAGAUGCCAAUCACGAUGAAGAAAACACUACGGAUGUAUAUUGCAAUAACUCGGUCGCUUUGCAAAACUCUAAAAUUUCUGUUGACGUCCUUGUGCAAUUUAUUGAUUCAUUGACAGAAGAUGAUACAAGAGCUGUAUUUGAGAAAUUUCCGCAAGGACUCAUUAAGCCGUAUGUUCACUCCCAAAGAAGUGAAAAUAUGCCAAGGAACAGAUACAAGGGAAUUUAUCCAUAUGAUGACAGCAGAGUUAAGUUUCAAGAUGGACAUUCCGACUACAUCAAUGCAAGCUUCAUUGAUGGUUACAAAAAGAGGAAAGAGUACAUCGCCACCUUAGGGCCAAUGUCACAGCAACUGGGAGACGAGUUCGAACUCUUCUGGCGGAUGGUGUGGCAACAAAAAGUCGAGAAGAUUGUCAUGGUCACGAACUUGGUUGAAAAUGCGACGCCUAAGUGCGAACAGUAUUGGCCAAACGUUGGUACUAGCAAGAUGUAUGGAGAGUUCAAAAUCACGUGUCAUUCGGAGGACAUGUAUGCGGAGUUUACAAGGAGAGCCCUUACAGUAACAAGGUCCUCUGAAGAAAGAACCCUGUACCAUCUGCACUUCACUUGUUGGCCGGACAAAGGCAUUCCUGACGAUGUCACUGCAAUCAUUGAGUUCAGACAAAGAGUACUGAAUACUCCUACAACAUAUAAAGGACCUACUGUGGUCCACUGCAGUGCUGGUGUAGGACGAACUGGCACAUACAUUGCUCUGGACAUCCUGACGAGGGAGGGUGAAGCUGAACAAGCGGUUGAUAUCCCUGGAUGUGUGGUCAACAUGCGACAGAACAGGCCGAACAUGAUACAGACUUGUGAGCAGUAUCAAUAUCUCCAAAAGGCCGUUGUGUAUUCCCUGACUUUCAAUUGUACACCGAUCAAGGCCGAACACUUUCAACAGUACAUGAAGACAACAAAAACAACUGACCUAAACAGGCAAUUUCAGCAACUUCAGCACACCGUUGAACAGCGAUCGAAACAGGAAGCAAACGCAGUCGUAAGAAACAAACAGCACUUGGCUAAAAACCGGGCUAAUGCAGAUAUACCGGGUGAUGAAAACCGACCAAGACUCCACUUAGGGUUGGCAACAGGAUCUUCUGAUUACAUCAAUGCUGUGUACAUACAUAGUUUCAAAGAAAAACGCCGAUUUCUGGUUGCACAGACCCCGUUGCCAGAGACCGUUACUGACUUUCUGACAUUGGUUGUCCAAGAAAACUGUUCAUGUAUCGUCAGCUUUGAACCAGACAUGGACAAACAAAGGAAUGUUGGAAUUUACUACCCGGCGGAAAACAUGCAGGCGCUACAGAAGGGGUCAUUUGAAGUCAGCUCCUCACGUGAAACGAGAAAACCACAUUAUGCAAUGAGAAACCUUACGAUACGACAUAAGAGUGCUACAGGGCGCCCUUCUGAGAAAACUCUGUCGCAUAUGCAGUUCACUGAGUGGGAUGAAGUGAAGAAUGUCCCUCGUUCUGUUGAACAUUUCCUUACCUUUCUAAAUGACGUGGAGGAAAAAGGAAACAAAGAUGGACCGAUACUUCUUCAUUGUUUUGAUGGGGCAGAUAGAACGGGUCUGUUCUGUGUGGUGGCACUCCUGCUGCAGAAAAUGGCCAUAGAACACGAAGUUAGUGUUCUUAAUGCUGUCAGGAAAGUCAAGGCCAUGCGACGACUGGCUAUUCUAAAUUUGGACCAAUUCAUCUUCUGCCAUGAGAGCGUCCUCGAAUACUUGCGAGCCUUUGACAAGGAUGUGUAUUCUAACUUCGCUUGUUCGAACGUGUAGAGAUCAUGGCUUAUAAAUACAUCGAUAACAAAACCAGUUUAUAAACGCUAUUUUCAUACAAGAAAAUACGUAUUUGCAUUUGUUUUUUCGUCUUCUUACUUAUAUGGACUCGCUCAUGUUUAUGUAAAAUGCAUUUUUGUAUGAGCUUGUCUUAAUGCUUAUGCUUUUUCGGAUUCCAAGAUAAAGACAAGCUUUUACAACACUUUUACGCCACUUAGACUGUGAUCAUUUGUUAUACAUUCAGUGAUGUAUUUGACAUUUUGCUGUAGAUAUAUUAUACGUUCAUGUUCAUAUGCUUAAGCAAUGUACAACUUUCUACGUUGUGUGUUUUGUUUGAGUAACAAUCAUAAGAACACUCAAAACAUAAUUAAGGGAAACCUAUUAAACUGUUGACAUAUUUUUAAGAGGACCUGUGGUCUAAAAAGAGCAUAUUGGGAAGAUAACUAACAGAAGUGUCAAGCAAACUAUUAUAAGAGUGUCAGAGUUUUUCUUUAGGUAUGUGUGAAAGUUGUAAUGAAUUCUGAAUGUUAUUAAAACAGUUGUCUAACUAACUUGAUCUUUAUUUAUUGUGUUGAGAAUAACUGACUAAAGGAUCACCAAGUCACAACACUGAUAAAACAGACAGCAUUAUUACGGCAUCCAAAAAGGCUGCAAGAUACGAUUACUACUGCUGGCAAACCCUCCGGAAUUUUGGACGAUGGUUUUCAUUUGACAGUUUACCGAAUGUCAUAUUCUAAAGAAAGCCUAGUGGAAUGAUUACUAACAGAACUGUCGAGAAAACUAUAAUGUAACGAGAUUGCUUUCCUUAGGGUAUAUGUGAACGUUUAAAGGAACCCUGAAUGUUAUUCAAGAGGUGUUUAACUAUUUUGAUCUUUAUUUAUUGUGUUGAGUAUAAUUUGCUUAAGGAUCACCUAGUUUUCUUCUGACAGUUUACCGAAUGCCAUAUGGAAACUGACCAUCAUAAUAAGCGUAUUAAAACUGGUAGUUGACCGUUCGUGCGAGUAACGCAAACUUCUUGAAGAUCCACAUUUGACUGAAAAUAUAAUUCAAACUAACCUCGUAUAUUCAGUGUUGGGAACUAAAACAAAAGAGGAGAAAGGUUUUAUAUACGCUAAUGGUUUCAUACACAACCAUGAAUUUAAAUUUGUAAAACAGUAUAUUAACCAGAUUCAAUGUGAAGCUGUCGCAUAGAAACAAUGCAAAUAACCCAGUAACAAUACGUUUGUUUUGAAAUGUGUUAAGAUCAUCUUUUUUCUACUGUGUACAAUUUAUUUAAGAUGACAUCCGCAUACUCCAAGAUUGUCCUUACGAAGGAUUGACAAAUACCCUCCAGAGGCGCCUAUAAAGUUGAUAGCGUAUACGUUUCAUGAUGUUAACUCUAGACGAAGCUUUGUCUUUGAUAUAAUUAGUUUAAACAUAUUUUAUUGCAUGACAAUACAUUUACACAUUAUAUGAUGAUGAUAACAACAACGAAACAGAAACAGUGCAAUGUAACAAAGCUUGCGUUCAUAUAAAAAGGACAUGCAAAGGGAUUGGGCCACGAGUUUUUCCAACAUCAGUUACGGUCCUUUCCCAAAAUGGCAUAUGAAAAUGAUAACGUUGUCACAUAAACUAUGAAACCAAAUGUAAUAUUUCAUGCAUUUAUGUAUUGUUCAUAUACAUAGGAAUUAGAAAAAUGUGUUAAAUAACUACGAUAAAAAAGAUUUCUAAUUGAUAAAU